AUGGAUGAAGUCAACCACUCUGCAGUGUCUGAAUUUGUGUUCCUGGGACUCUCAAAUUGCUGGGAACUCCAGAUUUUUCUUUUUUGCUUUUCUUGUCUUUUCUAUGUGUCUAGUUUGAUAGGAAACCUCCUCAUAGUAGUCACUGUAACCGCUGACCUUUACUUGCAUUCCCCCAUGUAUUUUCUGCUGGCCAACCUCUCUGUCAUAGAUCUGAUAUUUUGCUCCAUUGCAGCACCCAAGAUGAUUUGUGAUCUUUUCAGGAAGCAAAAAGUCAUCUCCUUUGGGGGCUGUAUAGCUCAGAUCUUCUUUAGCCAUGCUGUUGGGGGCACUGAGAUGGUGCUGCUCAUAGCCAUGGCCUUUGACAGAUAUGUGGCCAUAUGUAAGCCUCUCUACUAUCUGACCAUCAUGAGCCCACGAAUGUGUGUUUUGAUUUUAGUGGUUGCCUGGGCCACUGGUCUCUUUCAUUCAUUGGCCCAGUUGGCUUUUGUUGUAAACUUGCCCUUCUGUGGCCCUAACGUAUUGGACAGUUUUUACUGUGACAUACCUCGGCUCAUCAAACUUGCUUGCACAGAUACCUAUAAACUGGAUUUCAUGGUCACUGCUAAUAGUGGGUUCAUUUCCUUGGGGGCUUUCUUCUUACUCAUCCUGUCUUACAUUUUCAUUCUUGCCACCCUUCAGAAACACUCUUCAGGAGGUUCAUCCAAGGCUCUUUCUACUCUGUCAGCUCAUAUUACUGUGGUUGUUUUAUAUUUUGGUCCACUGAUCUUUUUCUAUAUGUGGCCCUCUCCUUCAACACAUCUGGAUAAAUUUCUAGCCAUAUUUGAUGCAGUUUUGACGCCUUUUUUAAAUCCAGUCAUCUAUACAUUCAGGAACAAAGAGAUGAAGAUAGCAAUGAAGAGAGUGUUCCGUCAGCUUAUGGGUUUUAGAAAAACCACUUAA